AUGGAAAACAGUAAUCAAACCUACUAUAAGCGUGGGUUCGAGAAAAGUGUUUCAGAUACCCAUAGUAGGCGGAAUGUGGAAAACUCAGUAAAAUUUAUUGUUCCAUAUCUAAAGCCAGAUUUUAAGGUACUUGAUGUAGGCUCAGGACCUGGUACAAUAACAAUAGACAUGGGAAAAUAUAUACCAAAGGGAUCAAUUGUUGGCGUGGAACCUACAGAAGAACUCUUAGAUGAAGCAAAAGCAAACCUUGAAAAAAGUGGAGUAUCAAAUGUUGCAUUCCAAAUGGGGUCGGCUUAUCAACUUCCUUUCGAGGACAAUACGUUCGACCUUGUAUUCUGCCACCAAGUUUUGCUUCAUUUGCAAGAUUCUCUUGCGGGUCUUAAAGAAAUGAAAAGAGUAGCCAAGCCAGGUGGAUUUGUAUGCGCCAGGGAAGGUGACACCUUGGCAGCAGUGGUAUAUCCUCCUCGGUACGAAAAUACAAUCAGACAGUAUUUUUUGCAGACUGCAAAGUUCUUAGGUAGCAAUGUGGCUCAAGGCAGAGCUCUUAAAUCAUUGGCCAUAGAUGCUGGUUUUCAUCUGUCAAGUAUUUUUAACAGCAGCUCCAAUUUCUGCAUCGCAGACGAUAGCGAACGCUUGCUAUGGGGUCUGUUAUUUAUCAAUCGCAUUCAAAAAUCUUCUCAAAGAGUUAAUCAGGAUGAUGAAGAAGACAAGAAGAUGAAAAAUGAGAUCAUACUGGAUUGGAAAAACUUCAUUGAGGAUGAGAGAGCUUGGUUCGCGUUACCUAACGGCGAAAUUGUAUGUAAAAAUUAG